AUGCAUAAAAAUUAUUUACCAGAAAUUCAUUAAUCACAUUCAACUCAUCAUUUAGAAUCAAAAUACAAACAGAAAAUUUAAUCUUCUAACUCAUCUAUUGAAUGGGAUCAAUUAAUUAACACAUCUAUACAAAACUCUGUUAAAAUUCAAGUUUUACCAAAAGCUUCAAACGCACUUAAUUUAUCAAAAUUAGUGCCUUCUUCUGAUGUGUCAUAUCUAAAAUCAACUAAGCGGAAUUUUGCCAAGCUUGGAACCAGCAUUUAUAAGGAUCCUGAACUCUAAUAAACUAAAUAUGAUAAGAACAUGUAAUCAUUUUAUAGUACUCUGUAUCGGAAAUCUUCUUCCAGAUUACCCUUCAACACAAAUUUGGAAAAAGAGCCUUUCUCAGGUCGCUUAUUAGAUUUCACUGAAAUUUUAUCAGAUAACAAAAAAGCAACAGGACUUUAGAGAUACUUCUCCGAAAUUUUAAAACUCGAAAUGCAACAAAGCCAUUCAGAAAAAGAAAUGGUUCCUCCAAAUAGACAACAGGCCAUAGACUUAAAGGAAUGGCUUUUUAUGAUGAUCACAUUUACCAAGCAAGAGUCCCCCAAUAUAAAUACAAGAGAAUUAGCUGAGAGAAUACAAUUGAUCUAUGCCUCUUGUUUAAGAGAAUUGAUUAAGUAAGUUAGUAUUGAGUGUACUGAAAGAGGAGAAUUGCUAUAAGUAGUUUGGGAUUUUUAUGUCGAAUUGAUCGGCUAAAUAAUUAAAUGCUACUCAGAAUAAUCCAAGGAAUCAGAGAAGUCAUAUCUUGAAUAGAUGUAAAGAAUUUAGGCAUUCCACGAUACUCAAAUGGAAACCUAAAAGGUUAAGUAUUAGGAAUACUAGGAUCAAAUCUAAAAAAUAAGAAAUGAGUCUUCUGAUUCAGUAGAUGAACUCAAUUUGACAAAGGCCAAAAUGUUGUUAUUAACAGCCGAUAUGAGACAAUUAUUGUAAACUAAUGAAGCCCAAAAAAAGGAAAUAGAUUCUCUCCUUUUAUAAAUAAUGUUACUGAGAACUUAAGAUUAAAGCGAUAAAAAAUAAGAAAAUUAAACAAUCAAUGUUAAUCUAUCCCAAGGGUAGAGUAUUGUAUCACAUCUAUUAAACUUUAAAGAAACUAACACUGAAUAUAAAUUCAAAAAGAGUAGAGUCAAGAAUACUAAUUUUGAAAAGUUUGAGUAACUAAGACAGUAAGAAUUAUAGUUGAAAUCUGAAUUAAUAGAUUAAUAAAUCUUAGAACCAGAUAUUGAAUAUAAUGAUUAGGAAGUACAAGCAGACAUAGAGUAUCAAUAGGAAGAAAUUUAAACAGACUUGGAUAUGAUGGCUUUGGAGGUCCAGGAAUAGAAAUUAUAAGAACAAGAAGUGUAAAUUCAAAAUUUAGAAUAAUAAAAGGAAUAACUUAAUUAAGAGAUAGAAAAUCAUGAAAAUUCCUCAUAAAGAGAAAAUUAAUAGUCAGACUAAAAAUAGAAUUUGCUAGAAGCUCAAAUACAAUAAGCCUUACAACUUAUAUAAGAUUCAUCAAUAGAUUCAAAGCAAUUGAUUUGUGAAAUUCUUAAUCAAUCUAUCUCUCAAAGUUAAUAGUUAUCGUAACGAAUUGCUACUUUAGAAAGAGAAGACACCAGAUACAAAAUAGAAUUAUUGGAAAAGGAAGAUUUCAAUCAAGAAUUAGAAUCUAAAUUAAGUUAAGCAGUUGCUGAUUUUAUUGAUAUCAUAAAAAAAAAAAAGAAGCAAAUUAAUACAUUAUUAAAAUAGAAAUCCACAUUACUGGAUACAUUGAAUUAGGUAUCAUCCUCAUAUAAUAUACAAAUAAAUUUACCUGAAUUUAAUGAUGAAAUGGAUAUGUCGUAACAGAAAGAUUAAGAAGAAUCACAAGAAAAUUUCCAGGAAUUUGAGCAAUCUCAGAAUUUAGAUUAAGAUAAUGAUGAUAUCAAAAUAGAUGAAUAAGAUGAAUUGGAAUAUUAAUUUACAGAUAGAACCAAAAUUUAAGAAAAUGAAUAAGAAAAUAAAAUAUAAUAGAAUAAUAAUCAAAUUAGAAAUAAUGAAGAUUUUGAAACAGGAAGUUAAUAAUAAUUUAAUUAAUACCAAAAUAAUUUGGAUCAAUCUCUUCGUUAAAAUACUUAGACUAGUCAAUAGAAUGAUGAGCUAUAAGCAGUAGAUUAAAUCAAAAUUAAUUAAAAUAAUGAUAAAACCACCAAUAAAAACUAAAAAAAUUAAUUAUCAAAUCCACAAAAUAAUGAUAAGAAUAAAAAGUAGAAAAAUGUUCCUCCACUUAUAUCGAAAAAUUAAUUAAACAAAACAGAAAUAGAUAAAAAAUCAUAGAUAAAUGAAUAAAAUUAAAAUUCUGUUGAUAAGAAAAACAUCGAAAAAAAUAAUUACUAAAAUUCGUCUUCACAAAUGAAAUAAAAUGAAAAACCUGAAAAGUCAUUUUCUUAACAUACUAAACAAGACACCUAGUAAUAAUCAUAAUCAAACUCAAAGUAAAAUUAACAAAAGAAAUAAGUUUCCUCCCAGGAAAAAUAGCAUUAUUCAAAUUCAAAUAUUUAAAAAUAAGAAAAAGAAAGAACAAAUGAGAAAAAUUCAAGUAACGAUCUAAAUUAAGGAGAAUAAUAACUUUAAGUUUAGAAUAAAGAAUAAAAAGAUUAAAAUUAUUCAAUCAAUUAAAAUCCCUAAUUCUCUAAAAAAAGAAAUUCAAAAGUACAUAAUUAAGAAAAAAGCAUAACUAUGACUCAAAAUGAUGAAUCUCUUUCUGAAGACUUAGACCUUGAAUCAUCUUAAAUUAUUUAGAAUAAUCCACAAGGGGAAAGGAUAAAAUAAGUAGUAAAUCAAUAUAAGGAUUAAAAACCUAAAAUAAAGAAUAAGUAUAAUCUGAUUGUCCUUGAACCUAAAAAUCAAAAGAGAUUUCGUAGAAUCUACAGUUAAAACACAGAUGUUGCUAAUAACUUACUGAAUGACUUAAAAUCAAGAAAGAAAUAGAAUAAAAAAAUCUAAUUUUCAAUUCUGUAAUUAUAAAAAUUAGUAUUAUAAAUACUAAGUGACAUAUGCAAAUAAGCAGAGGGGUAUAAAAUUCCUUUUCAUGUUUGCAUUUAUGAUUAUUUUAAGAAUAAAUAUGGAUUUAAACAAGUAGCUGAGAAGAAAAUUAAAUAGGUCUAUUAAUUUAUUUAUUACGAAAAAGACAGUCAUAUUAAAGUAAAACUACUUGCCUAAUUUUGUUAUUUGAUUGGGGAAAUGGAUGAAAUAGGUUAAAAACUAUUGACUGAAAGUUAUCAAUUCUUUUCAUAAAAAAAUGACUUAAAUUAUGGAAAAGUAGAAUUACUAUUAAAUUAUGAAUAAGUAAGUGAAUUUUUAAGUGAAAAAUCAUAAAGAUGGCUAUCUUAAUAACAAAUCUAAUAGAUGUUACAUUAAUAUCGAAAUUAAUAAUAAAAUAAUUAAAGAUACUAUAUCAAUCAUGAUAGUUUGUUAUUAAAAAUAUUGGAAUGCUAUUAUAGUAACAAAAAAGAUUAAUAAACAACGUUAGAGUCUUUAUUCAAUGCCGCAGAUUUAGAUGGAAACAAAUUAAUUGAGUUUUCAGAAUUUAAAACACUUCAUAGGGCCCUUCAUUAAGAUAAAUUAUCAAAAACUUAAUUGCUCUAAAUUUUUACAAAUAACGCAGAUUUUUAAGAUGAAAAUGGAGACAAAAUGCUGACCUUACCAAGAUUUACUGAAAUGUCAAUCGAACUAGGAAUAUUUUAGAAAGAACAUGUCUUAAAGUAUAGUGAAGGUAGCGAAGAAUUAAAAAAUAAAUGGGAAAAGGAAAAAUCUAAUAUAAAAUAUAGAUUUUUAAGAGCUAAAAAGUUUUAAAAGGUUCGUCAUACAUUCUAAGAGUUAGAAAAUCAAAUUAAAAAUUAAGAGAAAGAUAAGUAAACAACAUUAUGGGUGAGUUUUAAAUUGUUAAAUGAAGAAUCACAAAGAGUGUUAUAAAAUUAUGAGACAAAUCAAUGUUUAUUCGAGUUAUUACCUGAGUUAUAGUUAAUAAUGUAUUAAAACAAAGUGAUUGAACAAUUAGAAUGA